AAUAGCAUCUUAUGGUAAUUGCUAGCUUGCCACGGUUGGUGAGUUUGGUGGUUUGUGGUAUUUAACUAGGAGUGGACAUGCUGCCCGUGAAAGAAGCUUAUAACUUCAAACCUCUCCCUAAAAGCCUCAUAAACACCAGAUAAGACCAAGGAUUUCACCGGAGCGAGCUUGACAGUGACUACGAAGACUGUUGUAAACUUAAAGUCGCCGUCGAGCAUAAAGGAAGACGACGUCCAGCCGCGGAUCCGGUGGCAUCAACUCGAUUCAACAUAGUCGACACUGAGCAUUGUUUUUCACACCGAGACUUGUGUUGCAGCCACACACAUUAGCUUCCUUGCUGUUUGCCGACUUACUAAAAGGCCAUACUGAAGUCAGAGGUCAACUGUGUCCUCUGGUGUUUGACGGAUUCCAGUUGACCGUGUAAGGAUGGGACAAGGUGGUGUUGGAAGUGACUGCAGCCCUGGAGGCUGAUGAACCCACUCCACUGGCCAGUCAGGAUGCACAUAGCUUCAGUGGGUGUCAGCAAGUUCUGCUUCCUGUUUUCCCUUGCAUUCUGUGGCUUCCUGCUUCUGCUCAUUCCUGCCCUCCAGCCACCUACACGCCAGGUGGACCUGCCUCAGCCCCGACCCCAAGUCAGACCUGCAAAGUCAGGCCCAUCACACCAUGCCAGGGUACCAGCAGUGUCUGUCCAUGCAGGGGAAACAGACUCCGCCAUAGAGCGCAAUGGGAGUUCAGCAGGGCAGGGGGGAUCCAUUGAGAAUGAAGUUACUAGGACUGAUAACCAUAAUCCCAAGAGUGGGACAGAUUUCAAAAGAGGGGAUCCCCCUGGAAGACAGGUUGCUGGACGUUCAGAUUCUAAGCCUCGGGACCCGUUGGAGCUAAGAGAUAUUUUUAUUGCAGUGAAGACUACCAGGAAGUACCAUAAGUCCAGACUGGAGCUGCUGAUUAAGACCUGGAUUUCUCAAGCUAAAGAACAGACCUACAUAUUCACUGACGGUGAGGACAAGGAGCUGCGUAUGAGAACAGGAGUUAACAUCAUCAACACUAACUGCUCAGCGGCUCACACUCGACAGGCUCUGUGCUGUAAGAUGUCUGUGGAGUAUGACAAGUUUAUUGAGUCGCAGAAGAAAUGGUUCUGCCAUGUAGAUGAUGAUAACUAUGUGAUCCUGCCCAGCCUGCUGCAGCUGCUCUCCUCAUACCACCACAGUCAAGAUGUCUAUCUGGGCCGGCCCAGUCUGGAUCAUCCUAUAGAGGCUGCUGAAAGGGUCAAGAGUGAUGGAUCGGUGUCUGUCAAGUUCUGGUUUGCCACAGGUGGAGCAGGUUUCUGUAUCAGCAGAGGUCUGGCACUGAAAAUGAGCCCAUGGGCCAGUUUGGGGAAUUUCAUCAGCACUGCGGAGAAGAUCCGACUACCAGAUGACUGCACAAUUGGCUACAUCAUCGAAGCACUGCUGGAAGUGACCCUAACACACACGCAUCUCUUCCACUCUCACCUGGAGAACCUACAGAAGCUGCCCAGUGACACUGUGCUGGAACAGGUGACUCUCAGCUACGGAGGCUUUGAGAACAGAAGAAACGUGGUUAGCAUUGUUGGAGGCCUUCCUCUGGCUGAGGACCACACAAGGUUCAAGACAGUCCACUGCUUGCUGUAUGCAGAUACUGACUGGUGUCCAAAGCUCAAACCUCACCACAAAAACUGAACACUACUGUGUUUUCAUCCGGCAGCACUGAUAAUUGCUGAAGCUUUGUCCCCCUGUCCCAGUGUCUGCAUCAUUUAUCUAAAGCAGCCUCACCUCAUGCUUCAUGCAUGCACAGUGUUCUUGGUGUAGCCAAAGAAUGACCACUUAUGGCUAACUGAGCAUGAAGUGAAGCAACUAGUGGCCCCACUUUAAAUUAAUUUUGAGAGUUGUUUAUUAACCCUAAGCACAGUGUCACAUGGAAACAGUCUCUUUUGAUGAAGAAGCCCAACUACAUGUUCAUGUCAUGGCCAUCAGCUAGAAAUGCUUCAGCUUGAUUCCUGAGAAAUGAAUUGAAGCUGCUGAAUGAGUCCAAGCUGCUGAAUGAGUCCAAGCUCCUUCCACCUUAGACCUGCAGGAUGAAUAAUUCUCUUGGCAAAGCCUGAUUCUGUUUUUUACAAAACAAGAAUCUCUAAAAACCUAGCAGUCUGUUGCUAUCAAUAUUAGCCGCAGUGGUGCAGUUAAAGGGGAAUUAUGUACUUUUAGACCUGGGCCCUAGAUCUACAUACUUGUGUUUGUAAAUGAUUUAUACCUAAAUGAUCUUAACCUUUAAGGAAAAUGUUGUCAGACAUUUAGAACAUCAACCUCAGAAUGUCGGUCAAAGUUGCCCCAAGAAUUGCAUUGCAUCUCUUCUCGUGUGUAGUCACGGCCAGCUGAGGUGAUCUGCAGGGCCGACUCCAAAAAUUUUGGUUAGUCUGAAUCAUUUACACACCCAAAUAUGUAAAUAGACCUAGGUUUAAAAAUACUGGAAUCGCCCCUUAAGUUCAGCUCUGUUGGCUGUCUCAGCAGAACUGUAGCACAAAUAUUCUGUCUGUGUUUCCACAAAGACUUGCCUAUAAUGCAGAGACUUGUUUAUUGGUUAAAUGAAGGAAAGAUCAACCUGAUUGUUUGGUUCCAUCCACUGUGGGCUUACUUCACUACUAGAGUAGCCUAAUGGGCUGGGUUACUGUCCGAGGUUACAGAAGUCAUAAACCUAAAAGCUGAAACCGUCCUGUGUUCAUGAGUGGCUCUAAAAGUCUCUAUAAAAGAGUUCCUGUUUUGGCAUUCAUGUUUCCCAGACAGCUAAUUAAGAUGGUUUCCAUACAAUGAAAGACAUUUGAGGUACUUGCGAGAGUUUGAGAUUAUUGUAUUGAGUAUGUUUUCGUCUCAUGAACUGAGCUGAUGUUUAAUAUUACCAGAUAUGAGAUGUUUUGGUGAUUGACAGAAAACCUCUGUGGAAGGCUUGUGUGCGCCACGGACACACAUUUAUUUCAGUCUGUUGUGAUUAUUCCAGUGCCUUCACAUUGUCCUUGUAUUAGCCUUUUUUAACAGGCCCGUCUUUAUAGUUUUGCACUACUUUGACCUUAUUACUUCCUGUAUUUUACCGACUGGAGUUCCAUUUUGCAGUGUUGGUGUAAAAAUAUUGUGUUCUUUAUGAAUUCUUUCUUUGCAUAUGUUUUAUUUUUAGCUCUUUAGGGUUAGGGUUACUUCUUUCAAGACAAACUACUCUGGAGUCAAAGAUAAUUUGUUGGAGAUGGACUUCAAUGGAGCCAAAGAUAUCUCAACCGUAUUGCCAUGACAUCUGUUAGAGAUGGCUGCUAAUAAUCUAAGUGACCUCUAACGUUUUGUCGGCGCUGCCAUCAGGUCGCAUUUCAUAUUGACUUUUUGGUCCUUGUUAAGGCAUCACAACGCUCUGUCAGAUUUGAAAGUGGCUGCCUGUGUAAUAUUUUUGUUUACAACUCAGGAUGCCAAGCUACAAGGAGUCUUGAAAUAUGGUCAGAAAUGUUAAUUUCUAGGAAUUGGGGGAAACAUUGGGGUUCAACACAAUGUAUGGAUCCAUUUUAUGGUUGGAGUUUUUUCCCCCAGCUACUUCAGUUGUUCAGCAGAAUUAUGCCAUGCUGUUUUGCUGUGAAGAUCCAGAAAUGUUGUGUGGACUACGACACUUCACCUGACUUUCGUCAGCAUGGGAAGAUAAAGACUGAAUUUUUGGGUGAACUGUUUAAAGUUCGAAUAAGAUCAUUCUUACACAAGAAUCUGAAUAAUAUCCAUCACAAACUACUGUCUACACGUCUGUGUUAACCACUGAACCAGCCAUUGCCAGAGAGGUUUAGUGUGGUGCCUCCAGCCACCAGUGUUGUCUGCCACCAUUUGCAAAUGUUAGUGCACUAAGAAGCUGAACUAAUAUGAUGAACAUGGUGAACGAACAUGUCAGCAUCACCUUGUGAUUUUUUUAAGAAUCUUCUCAGUAGGUUCAUAUGCUUCUGGCUAAGUAAAAUUAAAUCCAGUGAAAAGAUUGAGAUGUUAAGAUGCCUUCACUCGGAAUAAAGUUUCCAAGUUGUGCAGAUGGUCAGCUCAUGAUAAAAUGGAAAAGGUCGUCCUUGCAGACAAGAUUUACUGAAGUAUCAAGACCUCUGUUGUUUCUUUUUUUUUUUUUUUUUUGCUUAUUCUCGCCAGUUGCUGAACUCUAUUCCAGUUAACCGGUAGUUUAGCUCUACACGCUCAGCUUACACCAACCAGCAACAGUAUUUCUGCCUGCAUAGAGAAAGUAUUUGUGUAAAACACCUGUCUACCAUUUUGCACACAAGUCUAGAAUCCAAAAACCAGAGCCUGCAUCCCACUGCAGGUCAGUGGGUGAGACUAGGUGAGAGAUGUUUUUGUACACCCUUUACCACUGAUGUGUUAUUGUGUUGUUCCAAUAAGAAUAAAAUCUUUCUGCAUUCUCAAGUGUUU